UGACAUACCUAAAGUCUUGGAAAAUUUGCCAGUUGAUGGGUGGGGGUGUUUGGUAAAAAAACUGCAAAAAUCUGUGAAAAGCAGCAACAGUUUGAGAUUUUUCCAUUGCUUUUAUAUUGUAGUAUUCAUGGACUUCGUUUAAAUUGAAAUCAUACAAAGGGUUUGUGACUAAACCGGUUCCAAGAUGAUGCUAUCGAGGCAAAAGCCGGCCACUGGGCCCGGCUCAAGUACUCCGGCUCAGGAGAGCAAGAAGAAAAGCAGCUACCUAAGCUAGAGGAAUACCUAGAUAUGAGGGACUACACGGGUGCCAUCACCUUGCUGGAGUUCACAAGGAGCAGUGGCAAAGGCAGUGACGAGACGGACAUGUGGCUGGGCUACUGCCACUUCCACUUAGGAGACUACAAGUUGGCCAUGGAGGAAUAUGAGAAGAUGAGCAAGAAGGAGGCGGUCAACCCCGAAGUCUGGGUCAACCUGGGCUGCUGCUACUUCUUCCUGGGGAUGUACCCGGAGGCAGAGACUGCAGCAAAGAAGGGCCUGGACAAAUCUAGUCACCAGGCCGUGAAUGAGGAUGGUAUGCCCAAGAGCAGUCUGCAAAACAGGUUACUGUUCCACUUGUCACAGAAGUUUAAUGACGAGAAGAAGCUGAUGUCCCACCAUCAGAACCUGCAGGAUAUUAUACAAGACCAGCUAAGUCUGGCGUCCAUACAUUACCUGCGCAGCCACUACCAAGAGGCCAUAGACAUCUAUAAGAGGAUCCUGCUGGAUAACAGAGAUUAUCUAGCUUUGAAUGUAUACGUAGCCCUGUGCUACUACAAGUUGGACUACUAUGAUGUCUCCCAGGAAGUGUUGGCUGUAUAUUUGCAGCACUACAACGACAGUGCUAUCGCCCUCAACCUCAAGGCCUGUAAUCACUUUAGACUGUACAAUGGAAAGGCUGCGGAGGCAGAACUGAAGAAUCUUCAGGACCUUGCAUCUCCAUCAUUCACGUUUGCUCAAGACCUCAUCAAACACAAUCUGGUUGUAUUCAGGGGAGGCGAGGGGGCCCUACAGGUGUUACCCCCGUUAAUUGACGUCAUCCCAGAAGCAAGGCUCAAUCUUGUCAUCUACUAUCUCAAGCAAGAUGACGUCACUGAGGCAUACAACCUGCUCAAGGACGUUGAACCGACCACACCCCAGGAAUACAUACUGAAGGGCGUGGUCAAUGCCGCAUUGGGCCAGGAACAAGGCUCGAGAGAACAUCUGAAGAUAGCACAGCAGUAUUUCCAGUUGGUUGGAGGCUCAGCAAGUGAAUGUGAUACAAUACCCGGACGACAGUGCAUGGCAGCCUGCUUCUUCCUUCUCAAGCAGUUUGAAGACGUGCUAAUAUAUCUUAACUCAGUCAAGAGUUACUUUUACAACGAUGACAGAUUCAACUUCAACUAUGCUCAGGCCAAGGCGACAGCAGGCAACUACAAGGAGGCAGAGGAGAUUUUCUUGCUGAUUCAGAGUGAGAAGUUCAAGAAUGACUACACGUACCUCAGCUGGCUCGCAAGAUGCUACAUCAUGAAUCGCAAGGCCCGACUAGCCUGGGAGUUGUACCUUAAGAUGGAGACGUCUGGUGAAUCUUUCAGUCUGCUCCAGCUGAUCGCUAAUGACUGCUACAAGAUGGGUCAGUUCUACUAUGCCGCCAAGGCAUUUGAUGUCCUGGAGAGAUUGGACCCCAACCCUGAAUACUGGGAGGGCAAGAGAGGGGCGUGUGUGGGCGUAUUCCAGCAGAUCAUAGCUGGUCAUGAACCUAGAGAAACACUUAGAGACAUCCUACAGAUCUUGCGUAACACUGGUAACCCACAGGUGGAAUACAUCAUCCGCAUCAUGAAGAAGUGGGCAAAGGACAACAGGGUACCAGUUUCCUGAGGCGUUCCUCGCAUUAGACUCUGUCUGUGUGUACAUUUCAAAGCCCUUUUCUACGAGGGGAUUGUGCCAAAGAAGCAACCCCAUUAAACAAGAUGUACCAUGAUCUGUGAAAACCUUUCUCAUCCAUGAUUUGAAAAUGUUAGAUUGGUUGAGCAAAUGGUCGCCAAAUCUUCUGUUUGUAUAUAUAAAAGGCCAUUUUGUUAUCUCUUUCAUGUCUCAUCUUUUUACACGGAGUGUACUCCAAAAAAUGUCAAACUCUGUCUUUGUUUCUGAAAAUAUGCCUUUAGUUUGGAUAGUACGGUACCCAUGGAUGUUCUUUGUGUUUGCAUGGAGUGGAUUGGGACCAAUGAAAGAAAAACCUGGGAUAAGGGAACUUAAACCUGGGAUAGAAUUAUUGGAAGAGGCUGUUACCUUGUAUUCUUGAGAAGAAUAUCCAAACAUUACUGGACACCAUGUACUCAAACCCUUUAAGACUGGUCUGAAAAAUAUUGUUUUAGUGUUUUCUAAGUAAAUGCUUCCAUCUUUUCCCUGCUAAAGAUGGCUUUUCAUGCAAUUCUUUGACUUUCUGAUGUUUCAUAAACCACUGGUAGGGAAUUUAAGUGAUGACACUAUACAGAACUCCUACUGAUGGUUUUAUCCAGUGGUUCCAGCCAUAUUCAUAGAGAAUAACAGCGUUGUGUAGGGACGUAACUUCUGGGGAUAGGCUGUUGAAUCAUCUCCCUUUUUUGUGGUAAUAAUAAAAGGUGUAUUGCGAGGAAUUGUUUGGACAUCCGAAUGAACACAAGUUAUUCAUCAACACUGAAAGGUAGAAAAGUGAAAAAAAAAAGCUUUAAAUUUGCUGUCCAAUGGAGAAAGUAUGUGUUUAGUGAUGUACAUCUGUAUCAUGGACAGCGCCCUGUAUCACGCGCAUUGCCCAGGAUUUUUCCUCGGGGGCCAACCACUGCUUGGCUUGAAAAUGACUGAGAAGCAAUUGACAGCUGAAGGGGGUCAAUUUUGAAGUUUUCUGAGCAAAUUGGCGAGUCUCAUCUCCUGUCGUCUCUGUCGUCAUUUCUUGUGAUUGUCCUCUCCUGGCGGAAAGAAUUCUAUGUACAAACACUGCUUGACACCUUGUGCACAAAUUGUGGGAGACUGGUCUGACAAAGUCAUUAUUUUGUAGUGAACACUUCAAUAUUUUCACUGUUGAAUUUAACUUUUUGAGGACAUUUUAUUACCACCAGAUGGCUAAUAGGUCACUGCAGGGGGUAAUGGGACCCCCCAUACCCACCUCCCUGUGAGAAGACCCUGGCUACCUGUGCUGUUUAAUCCCACUUUCCUUUUUGUUUUCAUUGCUUUGAAUUGGCAUUCAUUGAAGCCCUGGCUUCUUAUCGUUCAGAAUGGGUAUGACUUCAAAUGUGGUUAUUCAGUGCAUUUAAUGCCGACUUGUAAUGAAGUACUGGAUCUCUCUGUGAAUAUCUUUUGAUCCAGUAAUGUAAAUAUUGUGUAGGUACUUGUGAAACUUUAAACACUCAUGUUAGAAUGCUGUGCAUAGUUCUUGGAAUAAAGAAAGAUCUCCUAAAAACA